AUCUCCAAGGAGAGCCUGGCAGGGGGACAAAGGAGGAGAUGCAGCGGGAGCCAUGCAGACGUGCCAAUGGUGCAGAGCUGGGAGCCUGGGGACCACCUCCCACCGGCUCUGCUGGAUGGGAGACUGCAGCACAGGCUGCUCCGGGCUGCAGUCCUUUGUUUCACGUUGACACCCUACUCUCUUUUCCUGGAUGAAGGCAAGUAAUGUGAUUACAGGAGGAACCAGCAACCAGAGCUGGUUUUGGGCUGUCGGGGCAGGUUACGUAUGACUUCCGCUGCCUCUGCGGGGUCAUGGGACCCAUUGCAGCAGAGGAGAGUGGGCUCUGCCUGCCCGGUGUGGUUGGGAAACUGUGCUGCGUAUGCAGUGAGUGUGUUUGCUGAGCAGGUUUCCUGCGUUCCCCUGGCACUUCUCCGAUGCCUUCUCUCCUGGCUGCCCUGUUUCCCCUCCUGAAGCUGGUCAGUGAUGCUGCCGCAGCAAACCCCACCAUCCUGCGUCCUGGGACGUGAGAACUAGGUGGCCAAGCAGCUGCUGUCACUGGCUUUCUGAUCUCCAUAAGGUCACAUGUUGUCUCCCUCCUGCAUCCAUCUCUGCAGCCUGAAUCCAGGCUUGGAGUCCAUGACCCAGAGGCUUCCUUGACCGAUGGUGCAAAGGGGACCAAAGACCUUCUCCAGCCCUGUUACUGCUGAGCAGAGCCUCCCCAUCCUGAGGGCUGGAGGAGGACAGAGUGUUGCCUUGGGAUAGCACGCUGCUGGGGAAAGGGGAAGGUGCCGGCAGAGUCUGGCAGCCCCGGGAAGCAAGGGGGCUGUCCUCACGUCAGUAUGGGAGUAGGCAGGUGCACUUCUACUCACUGUAGGCUGCCUGCCCGUGGCCAUGCCUCUGCCUGGGCAUGCUGGCCAGGCUGCUGUGCUGACUGCCUCCUUGGGACCCUCCUCUCUUCCCAGGCUAGAUCAGUCCCUUCGCUCUCUGCCUGUCUUUGGGAGAGCAUUUCUGAUGUUCCUGGACACAGCUGGGCUCUUGAGAGUGGGAACCGCUGCCGUGAAUGGUGUGAGCAAGGCUGGUCGCCAGCCUCCCGCGGGGCAGAGGUGACACAUCUGCACGGUCCCACUGAAAUAAGGGGGCUGCAGGUGCCCAUGGGAGCCCUCCAGGUCAGGCCUGCCCUGUGGGGCACUGGCUGAGCCCCUAGGCUCCUGGCCUCCCCGGAGGGGGAGAGGAGCCCUGAGCACUACUUGCUCCAAUGGCAAGUUUGCCCGGCCAGAGAGAAUCCUAGCAGAAACCUGCUCCUUGGCUGCCCUGGGCUCAGGACGCUGCAGGAGAUGCUCUGUGCCACAGCCCACGACCAGACCUCAGAACACGGAGCCGGAGCACCAGGAGUGUUUGCCUUCUGUUCAGGGGAAAAUUUUUCUGCCCUCCCACUUCCUCUGCUGAAAUCCACCAACCAUAGCAUUUACGGAUUUUUUCGAUCCAGCACCACUCCAGCCAGCCAUAUUGGGCUGUGGAAAUAAAGCAGCUCUAAUGUUAUAUGUCACCUGCAAAUAACCCGGGCGUUCGAAAAAAGCAAACCACCACCACCAAAAUCCACACCAACACCAGGUCCUCUCCAUACACAAAAGUCCUUCAAAAUGAGCCUGGAAGCUUGGCUCCCGCAGCCCACCUUGUUCCUCACUGGCCUCAGCUUGCUCCUCUCGCUGGCUCCCACAGGAUUGGGCAUGGAGGUCAUGGCUCCUGCCACCAUCAAUGCCUUGAAUGGCUCCUCCGUGAAGCUCUCCUGCACCUUCAACUCCUGCUAUAAGGUGGAGAACAAGCAGUUCUCCCUCAACUGGACAUACCAGGAGUGCAGGAACUGCUCUGAGGAGCUGUUCCUGCAGUUCCGGAUGAAGAUCAUGAACAAGCAGCUGGACCGCUUUGGGAACCGGGUGGAGUUCACCGGGAACCCCACCAAGUACGAUGUAUCCUUUACCCUCAAAAACGUGCAGCUGGAGGACGAGGGCACCUACAAUUGCUAUGUCCUGAACCCACCAGACCGGCAUCGAGGCCAUGCCAGCAUCAGCCUGAAGGUGCUCACCAAAGAGCCCCCGAAGCACGACUCGACAGUGGCUGUCAUCGUGGGUGCCUCUGUAGGUGGCUUCUUGGCCGUGGUGAUCCUGGUGCUGAUGGUGGUGAAAUGCGUCCGCCGGAAAAAGCAGCAGAGGCUGAACACAGAUGACCAGAAGACGGAGGAGGAAGGGAAGACAGAUGGCGAAGGCAACCCGGAUGAGGGCACCAAGUAAUGCCUCCCUGCCCACCCUUCCCUCUUCACCCUUGUACAGUGUGACCCCCUUGAUGUGCUUCCCAGAGCAAGGAUUUCUGUCUCCCCAGAGCAUCCCUCCUUCCAUCUAAAUACCCAACCCAGCCUGGAGCAGGGCACAGAGAGAAGAAGGUCCCCGGAGCCUGGCCACAGCGGACAGGGCUGGGGACAGUGGCUGAAGUGCAUCGAGGCUGCCCCUGCGGCUGAGCUGGGACCAGCUUGUCCCGCUGGGCACGCUCUGAGUGCCAGAGCACCGCCUGGGGCCGUGGAGAGGAGUUGGGGACAGGGUGGUGCAGGAGAGAGGGGAAGACCGUGGUCCCCACGCAUGGAGGGGCUGGAGCAGGGGAUGUCAGGAGGGGCAGAAGGGAGCCAGGCAGCCCUGUGCCGAUGUCUGCACCCCGUCCCCCUAGGGAAGGAGAGCAGGGGCCAGCGGCCAGCAGCCGUCUGCCCUUGGGCCAUGUCUCACCCCUGAGGCACUCCUGCUGUGCCCAGGGCACGGGGAAUUGGUAUACCUGUCCCCGAGGGAUCCCCAAUAGCUGCCUGUCUCCUCAUUGCAAGUCCUGUGUGCCAGUGCUGAGGGUGCUGCGACAAGAAGCUCGUGCUCCCCAGGACUGUCCCGGCCUGCUCAGAAGCCGAUGGCUGGGUAACGACCAUUAGUCCACACGCUCUCUCUGAGCUUUGCUGGUUUUUGGAGACGAUAAUGGCUCCUGGUGUGUAAUGGAUGUACCCUUCUGCCUCUCAGGCUAUUUUUGGGCCUGAGAAUCUCAGCCAAAGGAGCUGGGCUGACUUUUUUGUGCUCGUUUCCUUCUUGGGGAGGGGAAUUCUAAUGGAAAAUGUUCUGCUGACGUGCCAAACCAAGGUGGUGGGGAGUGGCGGGGUGCGGCUGCUAGGGACAAAGAGCUGCUGGGAGGAAGAGGAGUUUUUGGGUGCUUUCUGGGAAGAACUGGGCACAACUGCGGGCCCAGAGGCAGGACAGCUCUGUCACCCCCGAGCAACCCUGUGAUGCUGAGACUGCCUCCUCCAGCCUCCCUGCAGAGCGCUGUACAAUCUGUAACUGCCAUGGCAAUGCACUGCCAGCCCGCCCAGCUGCGGGCCCGGCAGUGCUGGCUGCCGCCUGCCUCAGCCCCGUCGAUGGCGCAGUGCCUGCCCUGCUUGUGGCAGCUCCCUCAGCGCACCCCAGGAGCUGCCCUGCGUGCUCUGCAGUUUGUUGUGAGCAGUGGCCCGGGCAGUUUGGGGUGGGGGGUGAGGGCAGGUAUGAGCGAGCAGUGAUCCUGGCUGGUCCCACCGGGCUGCGGUGCAGGGGGACGCAGCGAGCCCCAGGGCUGGGAACUAGUGGUCCUGCCUGCCUCGGGCUCGCUGCCUGGCCCUGGUUCCUGCACCAGACCUGGCGGCUGAGCUGUGCUGGCUGGAGCGCGGGAGCUUGCCCUGGAGCCUCUUGUGGUUCAGACAGGGAAAAUGACCCGGGGAAGUGUCCCCUGCCACACUGUGCCUGGGCUUUUCUUCUCCCAUGGCAGGCGGGACAUGAGGCAGGAGAGGGCUAGUGCACGGAGCCUCAGGGGACACUGCCCAGGGCCUGGUGACGGAGGUCCCCUGUCACCCAUGAGCAGCACUGCCAGGGGAGAAGGGAGACCUUUGCCACACCGCCCGCUGCCCAGCGCCACCACAUCCCUGCAUGGGUGCCGUCCCAGCAGCGCCACAGGCAAUGCCGUCAGGCCCCAGGGAUGAAAGGACGGCCGUGCGCUCCCUGCUCUGCCCCAUCGCUUUCUGCCCAGGCCCUGCGUGCCCUCUCCACCCCGCUUGACCUCGCCGGGCUGUGCGCCGCUCCCUUUCCCGUCUGCAGCAGGAAUGCGCCGUGUCUCGCCCUGUGGCUUCCCCCUCUCCCACGGGCUUUCCUGCCCGGGGAGGGCUGGGCUGAGGCUGCCUGCCCCCAUGUACCCCCAUGCCCACGCCAGAGGGCUUUCCCCAUACAGUGCUGGUGGGGAGCCAGCCACAAAGCUGGUUCCCUGGGACCGCCUGCUGCUCAAAGCUGGGCUGUGAGCGGCUCCACGCGGGACUGAGCUGGCAACUUUGCGGCCAAAGGCCUCUGACUGUUGCACACAACCAGUCUUGCAUCUGCCUUUCAUUUCUUUCAUGCACUAUCCUUGGAUUGCAACUUGCCAAUGCAUCUGUAUGUACAUAGCUGUACACAACAGAGAGAAUCUCUACAAAUAUAUAUAUAUAUCUCUACACACAGGA